AUGGACGUAUUACAUUUGGACGCCCGCUACGUGUUAUCUGGUGGCAAAUAUAAAAAGAGUUUCGAACAGUACUGGAGCUACCCUUCCUCUCCCCCUUUCCUUCCUCUCUCCACCCCCCUCCCCCGCUCCCGGAGACUGCUGGAGACGCUGGAGACGGUCGUCAACAACAAGUGCAGCAAGUGCAUUGUCGGUUGCAGCAGCUUUCAGUCGCCUGUUGACAAGAAGUUCGGCGUUAAUUGGCAGAAUCUUUUCCUCGCCAUGGGCAGCCUGGCUGUGCUGGUGGGGCCCCGCGGCGAGCCCGAGCUUACGCUGCAGGUGCUGUGCGACGACGUGCCCCUGCGCGCCCUGUCGCACGUGGACCCCGCCACCGACCACCCCAGCGUGCGCUUCGUGGCGCCCGGCCCCGGCGGCCGCCUCACCGUGCGGCUCCACAACGGCGGCGUCCGGGCGGGCUGCUACUUGGAGCUGGAGCGCGCUGAGCUCGGGCCCAAGGACUCCUGGGAAAAGUGUGAGGCCGGCCAAGUGAACAAGGCCAACCUGCUCUACCACGGCGAGAGCAUGACCGUGCGCCGCGACGAGAGCACUGGCGGCCGCAGCAUCCUGGUGGAGGCGCUGCGGGACGCGCAGGGCCGCCCCCUCGGCGAGCAGGACGCCGAGGUGCGGGGCUUGGCGCGCACCAAGUGGCGCCUCGGUGCGUGGCCGGAGAGGAACGGCGACCAGCAGCUGUCGGGAAGCCGAUGGCGCCUCCUGGACGCCAAGCAGGGCCGCGAGGUGCCCCUCUGCGUGCGGACUCCCACCGGCGACGCCUUGCUGGCGGCAUGCCCCACUGACUCCAUCGACUCGCUGCAGGCGAGCAUCGAGCGCGAGUUGGGCAUCCCCCUUGCCGAGCAGCGGCUGCGCGCUGCCGACGGCUCCUGCCCUGACGGCGCUGGGAGUCUGUGCGCCGCCCUGGGCAAGGGCUUCCCUACCCUAUACGUGUGCGGCAAGCAAACAUUAGGGCCCAAUCUCUGGCUUUACGUGCAACAUCCGAAGGGGAAGAAGUUCUUGGCGGCCAAGUCUUGUGAGGAAGUGAAUAGCCUGCUGAGCGAGGUGCCAGGGUACAGAGGCGGCCUAGACGGACUCUUUCUGGACGGCAAGGAGCUGCGCGGUGACCGACCUCUGUCCUGCUACAACGUGGCGUGCCUGGACACCCUCGAGAUGCGCGAGAGAGGCUCCCUGCGCCUCAGCUUCACCGUGGAGGACGCCGACAAGGCCCCCGUGACGGUGGAGGUGGGCGUCGACCCAGAGGACGCGGUAGCGGUGCUCCGACGGAGGGUCAUCUUGAAGACCAUCACAGACUCCAUACAAGUCAGGCGCCUCAACCGAUCUGUUGACUGCGUGCUGGCCCUGGGGGACGAGAAGCUUGACUUGGAUCGCUCUGUUGCGGAGAGCGGCCUAUGCUCCACUCAGACAGCCCAUCUGGUUCUAAGGAUUCCAGCCCGGCCCCCUAGUUCGGUGAUAUACAUCAAAAUCUUAUUUCUCACUGGCAAGUUGCGUCUUUUGGAAUGCUACGAUUCGGACACAAUUGCGGUGGUGAAAGAGCGGAUCAGAAAGUGGGAGGGCGUUUGGCCCGAUUAUCAGACAAUUAUUUGGAGCGGCAUGCGACUACAGGACGGUGUCACCCUCAGAGACUACGGUAUUAGGGAUGAAGACACUUUGUACCUGCUCAUGAAUCUUCGCGGUGGCGGUGAAGUCGUUCCCGACUGGAAGGUGGUGAAAGGGCUAGUGGACGAGGACGCUGCGUCCCCUGAGGGCGUUGAACCUGUGCCCGCUCCGCCCGCUCCUUCUGGCCAGGAUUCAGCCGGAGUACUGGCAGUCGGCAAAAUUGUGUCCGGAGGGUUUGUCCCUCCCCCGAACACCGUGAGCUGUGAAUUCGAGAUGGACCUCUUCGGUGCCAGCCCGAAACUGCAGUUCGAUGUAUUCGUGGAUGAAACCUGUUCCAGCAAUUAAUCUUAAUCUGGACACGCAGUUGACGACCUCUUCGAUUCUGUGCACUGAAGUUUGCAUGAUGAGUGGAUUUUUAAAUGACUGUUUUAUGUUUAAUUUAUGUUCGUUCGUUAUCAAGGGGAAAUACAGUAACUCCAGCCAAAGUUGCACACCAAAAUUCAUCAAACAUGUAAAAUUCAUUAAAUUUCCUUCAAAUUCAUCAAAACUUAAUAAAAUUCAUUGAAAUUUUUCUCGAAAUUCAGUAGUUUUUGCCUGAAAUUCAUCAAAACUUAACCCAAAUUCAUUCCAUUUGUACACUGAAAUUCAGUGGUUUCGCCUUGUUCGUUAGUGCCCGUGUGGAAGGAUCUGCAUGUUUUCUAUUUGUACUGAAUUCAAGAAUACAAGCAUCUAUGCAC